GGAAGAGAAUAACCUCCUGAAGAAAGGAGACUCAGUGAAUGAGCCUUUGGGAAGCUGGGCUGCCCCGGGAAAGGAACCAGCAUUUCAAAAACGUCUUCUUUGCGCCUUCAAAGUCUCCUGACUUCAUGUUUCAGAUGCUACCAUGGCUAAGCGAAGCUGGCUCACCGCUGCGUAGCUGUUUGAGAUGACCUGAACAUCACCUGGAAGAAAGACCUGGUGGAAAAAGCACAGAAAAACAUAGUGCUGAGAGGAGAAGGAACAUCUGCUGUGAGAAGAUAAGAUCAGCUGUCCUUGAGGGUCUGAAUACGAGACCUAUCUGACGUUUCUGUUUGGGGAGAGAGGAAUUCAAACUAUUCAAUAAGUCUUUUGAGUCUUCAAGGAGAUAGAGGGCAUUUUAUUAUUAUUUUUUAAGUGCUUGUAAUUUAUCUUCUCAAAGCCAGCACCAUGUGCCAUGUUAUUGUCACUUGCCGCUCCCUGCUGUGGACCCUUCUCAGUAUUGUGGUGGCUUUCGCUGAGCUCAUCGCAUUCAUGAGCCCGGAUUGGCUGCUGGGAUUCCCGCGGCCGGGAAGUAUGAAUGGAAUAGAUUUCGGGGAAUACCGGCCGUCACUCGGUCUCUACAGCCGCUGCCUUCGUGUAGGGUCCCGGGGAGUUGGUGUGAGCUGUGGGCCGUACGCUGAGACAUUUCAGGAUGUGGCCAGUGGCUUCUGGCAGGCCGCCAUGUUGUUUCUGGCAGCCGGGACGCUGCUUCUCGGGUGUGUGGCGUGCAUCUCCAUCUUCAGCUUGUGCUUCCAGAGCAUCCUGAAGAAGAGCAUAUUCAACAUAUGUGGACUGCUUCAGGCUAUAGCAGGCCUGUUGCUGAUGGUGGGGCUCAUGCUGUACCCAGCUGGUUGGGGUUCAGAGAAAGUCAUCAGCUACUGUGGCCCUGAGGCCUUGCCCUUCAGGCCCUUUCUGUGCUCACUUGGCUGGGCGUUCUACGCAGCAAUAGGAGGAACUCUGGGUACCUUCCUUUGUGCUGUCUUGUCUGCGCAGGCCGAGAUUGCCACCUCCAGCGAUAAGGUUCAAGAGGAGAUCGAGGAGGGGAAAAGUCUUAUCUGCCUUUUGUGAGCUCCUCUGAAAAACAAAAUGAAUAGAAACAAGAACAGGAAACCACCCUUGAUGGAUGUGCUCAAACAUGGACACCUUCCCAUCUCAGUGGAGGGGGACAGACACCUGUCUAAAGGUUUUUCCUCUCAAUGGACUUGAUAAAGAGGUUGUUAAAAAUUGGACAGCCUUUUCGUAACUUUUGCUGAAGUCUACCUGAUGAUACAAAAGGCUUUCCUUUUUUCUAUGUGAUCAGGUCAAUCUGAAUCUGUCCAAAACUUUUUUUGUAUUUUUUUUCCUCAACAAGAUGUAUAUUUUUCUACGACCUCUCUCCUUAAGCAAACCACUGUGCUGUUAAAGUAGAUUAAUUUAAGAAAAUGGUAGUGACUAUGUUAAUAAUGUUAUCAUGGAAAAUUUAAACACUGCCAAUAAGAUGUUUAUGUGUGUAGCAUCAUCAUGAUGUUCAUUUGCAUGGUUCACCUGCAAACUCCAACAAACCACUAACCACGAGCAUUUGUUUCCAUGAAAUCCCAACAACAGCUUGCAUAUGUUCUCUGUGGGCGAUUAGAUGCUAACUGUUGAGGUUUCCAAAUGUCCAUGUGCUUGGAUUCUGUUGCACAGCAGGACCUUGGGAGUUGUUUUGGCUAACUUUAGAUGUGCCACGGAAGGCAUUGCUCACAUCAAACGGAGCUCCUUGUAUUAAACAGGUUGUUUGUGGACGCACUGCGGCAUAACAGCUGGCAGAGUGUGUGUAGAGAAAAACUAAGACUCUUGCCAGAUGUUUGACAGCCUCUGGCUCUUAUGAGGGAAUAUUUUCUCACGUAUAAUGCAUUCCAUUUUUAAUUAAUCUUUUUUUUCUUUUUACAUUUCUUUUACCACCGCAGUAUUGUUUGAUCCUUCUUUUUGUAACGUUGACAUAUUUGCAUCCACAAAUUGCACCUCAUGAUGUUUUGCACUUGGUCUUUGCUGCAUAUUAGUUUGCUGCAUGAUGUUUUACCUUUCUUCCUUGCUCCAUAUGUCAUUGUAUAUGUUCCAUUUUAAGUGUAGAUGAGAUGUGCAAUAAUUCCUCCAUAGUAUUUUCAAAUGGGUGAGUGACUGAGAGAAUGAGCCUGGACGUGAAAUCCUGCCAUGAAUCUGCACCAAAGAGCAUUAAUAGCCCCUUUGUGCUGAUUUUCAUAGUUACUGUCAGCUUUUUUUGUUACAUUAACAAAAGAGUAACAGCACAUGUGGCAUGAUAGAGGAUGAUAUGUUAAGAAUAAGGUGAUAUGUGUGUGGAAAGAUAAUAUGUACCUAAAUUAGUAAAUAUAUGUGA